UUUAUCACAUUGCAUUUAUAAGGUUGUUCUUCCUUAUCUUUUUGUCAUGUCACUGUUACAGAAGACGUUGUCAGCAGUAAAAGAGACUAAGACCAUUGAGAAAAAUCCGCGACACUGCAAAGACCUACUGGCUGCUGGCGAGACUGGAGCCGGCAUCCGGCAGGUGUAUCCGUUCCGUAAGCACCCUGACGCCUCCGUUACCGUUUUCUGUGAUCAAAGUGUAGACGGCGGCGGCUGGACCGUCUUCCAGAGACGCCGCAACCUCUCUGAAUGAGAAGAUUUUUACCGUACAUGGGUCGAGUAUCAACUAGGAUUUGGUCAUCUGGAGGGCGAGUUCUGGCUGGGCCUCGACCUUCUCCACCAGCUCACUUCUGUCACACUUCAGGAACUGAGGAUUGACCUCAAGAACUAUGAGGGGGAACAACGAUGGGCAAAGUACGGACGCUUCAACAUAAUGGCUCCUGACACAAAUUACCGUAUCAGUGUGGGAAGGUACACGGGCGACGCCGGAGACGGUCUGGGAGGCGGGAAGCACGAUGGAUACCCCUUCUCCACCCACGACGCUGACCAUGACAAUAGUACAGCAAACUGUGCCCUCGCGUACCGUGGCGCCUGGUGGUAUGACAAUUGUCACAUCUCCAACUUGAACGGCUACCAGUACGUUGGCAAACAUGAGAGCUAUGCAGACGGCAUCGACUGGCAACCGUGGGAGGGCUACCAUGACUCUCUCAUGGAGACCACCAUGAUGAUCAGACCAGCCUUCUAAAUGAUUGAUCAGGUCCUCCGCCAAGGCUGUCGUGACCACACCACUGUAAGGACAGGUCGUACCGGCUUGACCACCGCUGUUGAGUAUAACAUUGAAAUCUACUGGUUUAGUAAAGAAGUUUCAGUAACUUUGUUGAUGAUGGCUUCGACAUUUGCUUUCUCCCUACUCAGAAAAAUGGUAAAUAAUCAUAAUUUAGGCCCUACACAAAUUUCUUCUAGUUCAGUACUUUUGUAAGCAUUGAAUAACCACAUAUUAUUGGUCAUUAUUGAAGAAUUAGCUUGAGCAUUGGCUUCCUGCUCUUUGAACACUUACGAGUAACUGAACAUUAUGUAGGAACAAUGGCUUGUACUGCACCGCCUCUUCAGUAUUUCUC